AUGCGGAUCCAACUCCACUUCCGCCGACAAGGCGUAAAAGGUCCCGGCUACCGUCCGAUCUUCGGUAACUCAGCUGGGAUCCAGCGGAGGAUGAUUGCCAAGGCGCUAUCAUCACGCUCAUUUUCUUUCAACCAUGAGGGAGUUGUUGAGAGAGUGAUGCCACAAUACUACAACUGGUCAAAAGUUUAUGGAGAUACUUUUUUGUAUUGGUUCGGGUCGAAGGCUAGGCUGGCCCUGUCCGACCCGGAUAUGAUCAAAGAGAUAUUGGUUAGCAAAAGCGGGUCGUUUGGGAAGAUCCGGUUCGAUCCGGCUACAAGGCUUUUGUUCGGGGAUGGGCUUGUGGCGUUGGAGGGAGAGAAAUGGGUUGUUCAUAGAAGGAUCGCUACUCAAGUUUUUAGUAUGGAAAGAGUUAAGAAGUGGAAUACAAAUAGUGGUUCUUCUGAGGAAAAUAUUAUGCAAGAUAUUUACAUGAAAUGUUAUACCGGUAUUUUCUAA